GGAAUGCAGUUAUGUGUGUUUUGAGCGCGCUACAAUCUCAGGCUGGAUACACACACACCAGGUUGACAGAAGAGCAGCAGCUGUGCGGACAUGUGACAAUCUCUACUCGCUUAUUUGGAUUAUAUAUUUUACACGACAUAAGGAACAUUUAAUUUAAUUUUUUUUAUUUUUUUUUAUUAAUACCUUGGAACUAUUCCACAGCAAAAGCUUUUCCACCUGGAAAUACAAGCAUAAGAACCAAACAUGUUUUACUCUGCGACCUGUCAAUUCAUCAGUGUCACUGGAGAUAUCUGGAGGAACAACUAGGUGAAUUUGGAGAAUCAGAUGAUGAGACCAUCAAGGCAAGAAAUGACAACUCACUGCAUCUCAUAGGAUCAUUGCUGUCACCACGACGAAUUGUUACUACGCUUGGCAGCAACUAUGGCAUCUUGGGGGGAGCAGCGUCAGGGUUCCACCCUGAUGUCAAUAUUCUCUUGCUGCUUGAAAGGCAAUGAUCCACUUGAGAUCACCCACAGCCACACUGUGACGGCCCUGGAGCCCACUCUGCCAAUUCCACCGCUUCAGGAGCUCAACGUCAUGUUCACUGAGCUGGUGGAUGAACUAGACCUGACUGAGGACCGGAGAGCAGCCAUGUUUGAUCUGUCUCCAGAGAAAAAAUGGCACAUCUACUGCAGCAAGAAAAUGGAGACAGAACAAAACAAGAAUGCAACCAGCUGGCCUGAGUAUUAUAUUGACCAACUGAGGUCAAUUGCAGCUAGAAAUAACCAAACUUUAGAAGGCGAGGACCGGCAGGGACAAUACAAGCUGGUUGAAAGUCUGAAGACAGCUUUGAGAACACAACCAAUGAGCUUUGUGACCAGGUUCAUCGAUUUAGAUGGACUGUCUUGUAUCCUAAAUUUCCUCAAAUCAAUGAACUAUGAGACUACAGAGUCUCAGAUCCACACCUCUUUAAUUGGCGGCAUCAAAGCACUAAUGAACAACUCUCAAGGCCGGGCUCACGUUUUGGGACAUUGCGAGAGUAUCAACAUCAUCGCACAGUCUCUCUCCACGGAAAACAUCAAGACUAAGGUGGCAGUGCUAGAGAUCCUGGGUGCCGUGUGUUUGGUUCCAGGUGGUCAUAAGAAAGUUCUGGAGGCCAUGAUGCACUACCAAAGGUUUGCUGCGGAGCGAACACGAUUCCAGACCGUAAUGAUGGACUUGGACAAGUCAACAGGUCGUUACAGGGAUGAAGUGAAUCUGAAGACAGCCAUCAUGUCCUUCAUAAAUGCUGUGCUAAGCCAAGGAGCAGGAGAGACCAGUCUGGAGUUCCGCAUCCAUCUGCGCUAUGAGUUUUUGAUGCUCGGCAUUCAGCCAGUGAUUGAUAAAUUACGCUCCCAAGAAAAUGAAACAUUAAAAAGACAUCUGGAUUUUUUUGAGAUGCUAAGGAAUGAAGAUGACCUUGAGAUUUCAAAGCGUUUUGACAUGGUCCACGUGGAAACUAAAAGUGCAACACAGAUGUUUGAGCUCAUCAAGAAGCACUUGAACCACACGGAAGCCUACCCUCAUCUGCUGUCUGCGCUGCAGCACUGUCUUAUGAUGCCAUAUAAGGUUACCAACACAACUCUGCAGUACUGGGUUCUACUGGAUCGUAUCGUCCAGCAGCUUGUCCUACAAACGGAUCAAGGAGAUAACCCUGACGUUGCACCCCUUGAAGACUUCAAUGUUAAAAGCAUUGUUCGCAAGUUGGUGAAGGAGAACGAGGUGAGACAAUGGAAAGAACAAGCAGAUGAGAUGAGAAAAGAGCACCAGAAUGUACUGCAGCGCCUUGAGAAAAAAGAGAGGGAGUGUGAAGCCAAAAACAAGGAAAAAGAAGAUAUGGUACAAAUGUUGAACAAGAUGAAGGACAAACUGGAGCGGGAGACCAAUGACCACAAACAGGCAAAAGCACAAGUAGCUCAGCUGUCUGCUCACGUGCAACAUCUGAUUUCAGCCUCCAGUGUUCCAGCAGGCACUCCAGUUCCUCCAGCUGGUCUUGUUCAGCAUACCCCAAGUUCAUCUAUCUUUCCAUCGCCCCCUCCACCACCACCUCCUCCUCCUGGAGCCCCACCACUAUUUUUCAAUACUGCCUUAGCUCCCCCUCCACCUCCACCUCCUGGGCCACUUCUUGGUAACACCAAGCGCAAGAAUAUUCCAAAACCUUCAAACCCUCUCAAGUCCUUUAACUGGAGCAAAUUGCCCGAGAACAAAAUUGAUGGAACUGUAUGGACCGACAUUGAUGACCUGAAGGUGUUUCCGGUACUUGAUUUAGAGGAUUUUCAGAAGACAUUUUCAGCCUACCAAAAGCCACUGAAAGAUAAUGAGGAUGACAGCAACUUUGCAAAGAAGAUCAAGGAGUUAUCUGUGAUUGAUGGUCGGAGGGCCCAGAAUUGCAACAUCUUGCUGUCUCGGCUAAAGCUGACCAAUGAGGAGAUUCGAUUGGCCAUUCUGACCAUGGAUGAACAAGAAGAUUUACCAAAAGACAUGCUGGAGCAGCUUCUUAAGUUUGUUCCAGAGAAGAGUGACAUUGAACUGUUGGAGGAACACAAACAUGAACUGGGCCGGAUGGCCAAACCCGACCGCUUCCUCUAUGAGAUGAGCAGGAUCAAUCAUUAUCAAGAAAGACUUUCCUCUCUGCACUUCAAGAAGAAAUUUUCUGAGAGAGUAGCUGAGGUUAAACCGAAAAUCCAAGCACUUCAUCUUGCUUCUCAGGAGGUCUUGAAAAGUCAAUCGCUACGCCAGCUCCUGGAGCUCGUCCUGGCCCUUGGCAACUACAUGAACAAAGGGCAGCAAGGGAGCGCCUUUGGGUUCCGAUUAUCGAGCCUCAACAAAAUUGCAGACACCAAGUCGAGUGCUGACAGAAACAUCACAUUACUCAACUACAUUAUAACCAUCUUGGAGAAGACCUUUCCGAAUGUUUUAGGCAUCAACAACGAGUUACACAAUGUGCCAGAUGCUGCCAAAGUCAAUUUGAUAGAGUUGGAAAAAGACAUCAACAAUCUACGGUCAGGUCUGAAGAAAGUUGAGGCGGAACUCCAGUUUCAGCAGAAGCAGUCGUGCCGGAGUCCUGAAGACAAAUUUGUUCCUGCGGUCAGUCAUUUCAUAACUGUGGCGUCCUUCAGCUUGUCAGAGGUUGAGGAGUCAUUCACUGAAGCGAAAGAAUGUUAUGCAAAAGCACUCAAACACUUUGGAGAACAGCCGUCUAAGUUGCAGCCAGACGAAUUCUUUGGGAUCUUUGAUUCAUUCCUCACAGGCUUCUCUGAGGCCCAGCAAGCCAAUGAGAUCCAGGUGAAGCGCAAGGAGGAGGAAGAGAAACGAGCCCUGCAAGAGGCACAGCUGAAGAGAGACCGUGCGCAAAAAAUGAAGAAACCCUUGGAUGCUGAAAAGAGUGGAGAGUUUGAUGACAUGGUGUCUGCUCUGUUCUCUGGAGAGGUGUUUGACAAAGAUCCCACCAUGAACCGCAGAAAACAGCGUCGGCACAACUUAAUGGAGACCAACCGGGAGAGACCAGCAUCAAGACUGGACCAGUAAUGAGAAUUGAUUCACAGGCCUGUAUGUUGUCAGUGAGAGAAAACAUGGGUCAGGUGCGUCAACAAGGAUUGAAAGGGUUUUACUUCAUUGAGAUGAGAUGGACAUUUUCAGUCACUUAUUCAGGCUUUCUUUUGUGUAGCACUGUUUUAUCCUCAAAGAGCCAAAAGAAAGGAAAUCUCUCUCAUUACUUUGCCACUGAACACAUAAAAAUCCUCUCACUAAUCCUAGUUUACCAACAACAAACAGAUAGAAAAAUGAAUAAAUCUUUGCAAUUGUUUAACAUUGGUUUGCACUUUACUCAGCAGAAAUUGCAAUUACAAUGUAAUUAAACACCAAAAUGUAAUUACAAUACCAUAUUAGUACUUGUUGCUUGCUUAGUUUUCAAUGAACAUACUUUUUAAACAUACUUUUCUGAGUAUUCUUUGGAACAUGCUCAAAAUGACUUUCAGUCAGGUUUCAGUCAUUUUUUAUGACUAUUCCAGAGCAGGCGCCAUGAACAGAUUUGUCCAUGAGCCAAAAGUUACAGCGGCAGACAGAAAAAGGGCCAGAUGCAAAUAGUUUAUGAAUGUUACAAAUCUGCAUUUCCAUCUGUAUAUUCUGCUAUAAAAGUGUAUUUAAAUGGUUUCCUUGCCAAAGGAAUUAAAUGAAACACACAGGUGAAGAGGAGUUCCAUGUUGUGCAUUUUGUUUUCAUUAAAUACCACUUAUUAAUAGACUAAAUUUGCAUCAAAAUAAAUAUUUACAUAUUUUUCUUACAAAAUGGCCACUUGAAGUGCUCCGCUUUAUAUAGAGGGAGUGAGAAAGAGUGACCAGGACUGCAGAAAUGGGUGACGUGCAGCUCCUGCAGCGUGUCAUCCUGGCAAUACAUAACUUGCUACAUUUCAACAUGUCAGUCUUAUAUCGAAACCACAUGACAAUGUUCCCGACUGAGACACUGAUUUAAAGAGCGCUGGAACUGGUCAAGAUCAAGAUAUCAAGACCAGUUUGUCUUCAUUCUUGUCAUAGACACCAA